AUGGAGCAGGAGGAGGGACGGAGGAAGCGGGAGGCGGCGGCGGUGGUGGUGCUGGAGUGCGUGGCGGGGAGCUCCAAGGCGGAGGAGUGGGGCGGCGGCGGCGCCGUGGUGCAGGAGGGCGACGUGGUGGAGUCGGUCCGGGUCGGGCUGGGCUCCGGCGCGGCGUCCCUGGACGCGCCCUUCAAGGGCGGCCGCGCGGGGCUCCACAAGGCCCUGCACAAGGCGUUCAAGCGCGGCGACACCUCCGUGGAGGUGCGCGUCCGCGGCGGCAAGGACCUGCAGGCCUGCAUCCUGCCGCACCCCGGCGGCGCCAGCGCCCGCAAGCAGUACGUGCUCCGCUCCCUCCACGACCCCAACUACGUGCUCGGCUUCGGCGAUCGCCUCGAGAGCGAGUGCCUCGUCCUCCAAGGCACAAGAGGUACAAGAGUGGCAUCGGCGCUGAGCCGGGCGCAGCUCCAGGACGGGUACGUCACGUACCCCUGGGACAAGAAGAUGCGCGACUCGCUACGCACGCCCAACUCCAGCUGCUUCCUCUCGAUGCUCGUCCUCCCCAAGGCCCUGGACCUCAACGCGUGCCGGUACGAGUCCUUCGAGGACACGUUGGCCCGUGCCAACACAUGGCUCUACUCGUCGCAGGACUCAGGGAUCCCCAUCGAGUUCAUGAAUCUGCAGAGCGAAGCUCUUCUCACCAAGGUAACUUCAGAAUUUUCGUACUACUAA